AAAAACCCUUUAAGUAUUAUAAUGUAGUGACACUCACGCCAACACUUCUUGCUACCUUUAUUGUAUUAUAAUAUUUCAGUACGAUGGCGGAAUUUAGAGUUCGGGUUGCGAAAAUACCUCGAUUCCCGUUCCUGCUUUCAUGUUUUUUUGUGUAUCUGUGAGAUUCAGCCAGGGUAAAGAUAUCAGAGGCCAUUUCUUUUUGUCAGCUAACAUUAUUGUUAGCUAAAGGCAAAAUACAGAAUUUUAAGAUCAUUGUUUGCGGAAUAGCUCACCAAAGAUUAACAUCGUGGCUUUUGACUGUUGUACGUUUGGAUGUUGUAAGAAUCGUGUCUGUCUGGUGUCGAGUUGGCAACAUUAAAACGCUUUAGCCACAUCGAAGCUAAGUAGUUGGGAUGCCAGAAUAAGCUGCUACGGUUCUUCUUCAAUUUGACGUUUUAACGACUCGUGGUGUAAAAUAAUCGGUUAUUUACUGGGUUCAAAUUCAUAGUCACGAUAUAUUUGUACAAUAAUAAAAGGAAACGAAACAUUUGUGUAGUUUGCUAUCAUUUCGCCUUUUACGUAUGAGCUGUAACGUCAACAAUCUGAAGUAUGGACAUGGGACAAAGAUCCGCUGACUAGUUAGCUUAACUGGCUAAGUUAAAAUUAGCGUUCUAAUUAAAGCUAACAGUUCGAUAGCUCGCGUUUUUAUUCGAUGUUAUUCCCUUUAGAUACCCCUUAUUUAAAUUACCUGACUGGUUCUGGUUAGACAAGUGCCGUGGUAUUUAACGUCAUCAAUACGUGCUCGUGAUAUUCUUAUUAUUGCUACUCGGUUAGCAUUUGUUAAAGGUUGGAUAAAUCAGCUGCGAGCGAAGGUUAGCAGUUACGCGAUUAAGCUAAAGCAAACAUGCGUGAUGUUUGUAGCUAGUGGUAGCCACAUACCCUGUUGUAUUUACGUUGACAGUUGCUAAGAUUCGUUCUGGGCCUGUCAGCUACCAGCCCGACCAGCAGUGGUAGAUAUCCCGGGUGACAAAACAACUAUGGAGCUCAUUUAACUUCGAGUUAUAUUAAUCACCUCGUGUCACGUUAUUAUUGUAUCGUGGUCCACUGUAACGCAUCUAUUUCAGUGGUUGAUGGUUUCCGGACAGCUAGCUUGCCAGGUUAGCAAACGUUCGCAUGAUCAGUGAACGGCUGGUGCGAAGACAGUCAGACCGCUGCUGCCAUUUUCGAUGGGGAAUCUCAGGUGAUCGCAAUGGUAUCUUACCACAUAAGGGGACCUCGUAGCCAUUGACGUCAAAUCUACUUGAGAAGUAGUUGAAUGGUAGUGUCUAGAAAGGGUAUGUCCCUUCAGGAGAGAGGUGCCAAUGUCCAACCGGCCUAAUUCCAAUCCAGGGGGGUCACUGCGUCGUUCACAGAGGAACACUGCUGCGGCCCAGCCACUAGACCACACAGUCGCGGGAAGGUUGCAGUCAGAGCAGGUUAAACUUAAAGCAAAUUCCCCUCCUGAUAGUAGAAGACCAAAUUCUAAGGCUUCCAAAGCCACGACCAGCUCAGCCUCUGGCCAGUCCAGAGGGCACAGCUCAAGAAGAAGCGGCCUUUCUCUAUCCGUGGCUUCCUUUGUGCUGCCAGACGACCCAGAGGCUGCAGGGACAUCCCAACAAGAGCGACCAGGCCACCAAUCAAAGAGUGAAAGCACCCGUGGGCUAAAGCGAAAUUCGGCACCAGACCACGUCAGCACCUACGUACCCACCCCUGCCAAAAAAUCAAAAACUCUGCCACCACGCAGAGACAAUACACUUGAGACCAAGAAGAGCUCAGCAAAGUCCAAGAAGAGACCGCUUGCACCGGAGCCACCUGCGCCCUCAGGUCGAGGGCAGGGCAAAAAAAGCGGGGCCGCCGGGGCCUCUCCGACUCUGAAACGGAAGAAAGCGGACCCUCUCCCCGGUUUGAGUAGCACCACUGGGUCCCUCCCCAACAGUAUUGAGGGCAGAACUGCAAAACCCUCCAAGCUGGCGUCAAAAUCGGCAGCCUCAGCCAAAGCUGGGUGUAGCGCCGUGACGGACUCCUCCUCUUCUGCCUCUACAUCUUCCUCCUCCUCCUCCGCCGGCACCAAUAGCGCCGCCCCACAGGGUGCCCGGGUCAAACAGGGCAAAGACCAGAACAAGGCCCGCCGAUCUCGCUCAGCCUCUAGCCCCUCCCCUCGCCGCAGCACUCGGGACAAGGAGCAAGCUAAGGCUGCUGGAUCUUCCAAAUUUGAGUGGGCAGCCCGCUUUAACCCCAAAGUCAAUCUGCCAAAGCCCAAACUGUCCCUGCCCGGGUCCUCUAAAACUGAAACCUCCAAACCUGGGCCGUCUGGACUACAGGCUAAACUUGCAAGUUUGAGGAAGUCCACUAAGAAGCGCAGCGAGUCUCCUCCAGCAGAGCUCCCCAGCUUUCGGCGGAGCACACGCCAGAAGACCACGGGCUCCUGUGCCAGCACCAGUCGGCGGGGCUCAGGCCUGGGCAAGCGCGGGGCAGCCGACGCUCGCCGACAGGAGAAAAUGGCCGACUCCGACAACAACCAGGAUGGGGCCAACUCAUCCGCCGCUCGCACUGAUGAGGCGCCGCAAGGGGCCUCCGCUUCUAGUUCAGUUGCUGGAGCUGUUGGCAUGACUACCUCUGGAGAGAGUGAGUCAGACGACUCUGAAAUGGGGAGAUUACAGGCCCUUCUGGAGGCCAGAGGUCUCCCCCCACAUCUCUUUGGACCCCUCGGGCCUCGCAUGUCGCAGCUGUUCCACAGGACCAUAGGCAGUGGAGCCAGCUCCAAAGCUCAGCAGCUGCUCCAGGGCCUGCAGGCUACAGGCGACGAGUCCCAGCAGCUCCAGGCUGCCAUAGAGAUGUGCCAGCUGUUGGUAAUGGGCAAUGAGGAAACACUGGGUGGCUUCCCAGUCAAGAGUGUGGUGCCAGCCUUGAUUGCAUUGUUACAGAUGGAACAUAAUUUUGAUAUUAUGAAUCAUGCAUCCCGUGCUCUCACCUAUAUGAUGGAAGCACUUCCUCGUUCUUCUGCUGUGGUGGUCGAUGCCAUUCCUGUCUUCCUGGAAAAGCUUCAGGUGAUACAGUUCAUUGAUGUAGCAGAGCAGGCGCUGACAGCCUUGGAGAUGUUGUCAAGGCGACACAGCAAAGCCAUUCUACAGGCUGGUGGGCUCGCCGACUGCCUGCUGUACUUGGAGUUCUUCAGCAUCAAUGCCCAGAGGAAUGCCCUGGCCAUCGCAGCCAACUGCUGCCAGAGCAUCACACCCGAUGAAUUCAAUUUUGUUGCUGAUUCUUUACCGUUGCUGACUCAGAGACUCACUCACCAGGACAAGAAAUCCGUUGAAAGCACUUGUCUAUGUUUCGCCCGACUGGUCGACAACUUUCAACACGAGGAGAACCUGCUGCAGCAAGUGGCCUCUCCGGAUCUGCUGACCAAUAUUCAGCAGCUGCUGGUGGUGACCCCUCCGGUGCUGAGCUCGGGGAUGUUCAUCAUGGUGGUGCGCAUGUUCUCCCUCAUGUGCUCCAACUGCCCCUGCCUGGCCGUGCAGCUCAUGAAGCAGAAUAUAGCCGAGACCCUUCGCUUCCUCCUGUGUGGCGCGUCCAACGGUAGCUGCCAGGAGCAAAUUGACCUGGUUCCCCGCAGCCCUCAAGAGCUCUAUGAACUCACCUCCCUCAUAUGUGAGCUGAUGCCCUGCCUGCCAAGAGAGGGCAUCUUUGCUGUGGACGUCAUGCUGAAGAAGGGCAGUGCUCAGGCCACCGAAGGGGCCAUCUGGCAAUGGAGAGAUGACCGGGGGCUCUGGCACCCGUACAACCGCAUCGACAGCCGCAUCAUCGAGACGGCACACCAGAACGGAGAGGAUGAGAUCAGCUUGUCUACCCUGGGACGUGUCUACACCAUUGACUUUAACUCUAUGCAGCAGAUCAAUGAAGACACAGGCACGGCACGAGGAAUCCAGAGGAAACCGAAUCCUCUUGCUAAUCCCAAUACAGGGAGCCACCAAGAGGUGCGGCGGGAGGACGCCCGCGCACAGCUGAUGAAGGAUGACCCCGAGCUGGCCAAGUGCUUCAUCAAGACCCUGUUCGGGGUCCUGUACGAGGUGUACAGCUCCUCCGCCGGCCCCGCCGUCAGACACAAGUGCCUUAGAGCCAUUCUCAGGAUCAUCUUCUUUGCGGACGCAGACCUGCUGAAAGACGUUCUGAGAAACCACUCUGUGUCCAGUCACAUUGCCUCCAUGCUAUCCAGUCUGGAUCUGAAGAUUGUAGUCGGUUCCCUGCAGAUGGCUGAGAUCCUCAUGCAGAAGUUGCCCGACGUCUUCAGUGUCUAUUUUAGAAGAGAAGGUGUGAUGCAUCAGGUGAAGAACCUGGCAGAGUCCGAGAGCUUCCUGGUCACCAGUCCUCCAAAGGCUUGCACUAGUGGCACCACCAGUCUUUGCACCACGACCAUCAGCACCGCGUCCACCACGGCCGCCACCAACGUUACCCCCGACCUGGGCUCGCCCAGCUUCCAGCACAGCAUGGAUGACUCUCUGGACCUCAGUCCACAGGGGCGCUUAAGUGAUGUGCUCAAGAGGAAGCGGCUACCCAAACGAGGACCUAGAAGACCCAAGUAUUCUCCCCCAAGAGAUGAAGACAAAGUAGACAAUCAGGCAAAGAGCCCUACCACUACUCAGUCCCCCAAGUCCUCCUUCUUGGCCAGUCUCAACCCCAAAACGUGGGGUAAGCUUGGAACCCAGACCAACAGCGCCAACUCUGAGCCCUCACGCACAGCCGGGGUCAGUGGCUUGGCAAGGGCACCUCCCAAAGACUCAAUCUCAAACAACAGGGACAAGAUCAAGGCCUGGAUUAAAGAAACGGCCUGCAAGUUUGUGGAGCGCUACUUCAACUCUGAGAACGUGGACUGCAGCAACCCCGCUCUGAACGUUCUCCAGAGGCUCUGCGCUGCCACCGAGCAGCUCAAUAUGCAGAAGGUGGACGGAGGCGUGGAGUGUCUGCUUGAGAUCUCGGGCAUCGUGUCGGAGUCGGACGUGUCGUCAUUCGAGAUCCAGCACAGCGGGCUGGUGAAGCAGCUGCUCCUCUACCUGACCUCAAACACGGACCGCGACGUGGUGGGCCGCGACUUGGUUGGCCGCGACGUGCGGCUCAAGAGGUUCCUCAACGUCUUCUACGGCUGUCCGCUUCCCGGAAUGGAGACGGCUGGUCGUCUGGAUCCAUCAGAGAACGGGCCUCUCUUGGCUCUGGUGCACAAGAUGAACAACUGCCUUAGCCAGAUGGAGCAGUUCCCUGUCAAGGUGCACGACUUCCCCAGUGGCAACGGCAGCGGCAGCAGGGGCUCGCAAGCACUUAAGUUCUUCAACACUCACCAGCUGAAGUGUCAACUUCAGAGACACCCAGAUUGCACUAAUGUGAAACAAUGGAAGGGGGGCCCAGUGAAGAUCGACCCCCUGGCCCUGGUGCAGGCUAUCGAGAGAUACCUCGUGGUCCGAGGUUACGGGAGGAUCAGAGAGGAGGACGAAGACAGCGACGACGACGGUUCAGACGACGAAAUAGACGAAUCAUUGGCGGCUCAGUUCCUGAACUCCGGCAGCGUGCGCCACAGACUGCAGUUCUACAUCGGCGACCACCUGCUGCCCUACAACAUGACGGUUUACCAGGCCGUGAGGCAGUUCAGCCUGCAGGCCGAGGAGGAGAGGGAGUCCACCGACGAUGAGGCCAACCCGCUGGGGCGCGCCGGCAUUUGGACCAAGACGCACACCAUAUGGUAUAAACCGGUCAGGGAGGACGAGGACGGCACCAAGGACGCCGUGGGGGGGAAGAGGGGCAGAGCACAGACCGCCCCCACCAAGACCUCCCCUCGCAACGCCAAGAAGCAGGACGAGCUGUGGCACGACGGAGUGUGUCCCAGCGUCGCCAACCCCCUGGAGACGUACCUCAUUUCAGAGCCCCCAGAGAACAUCACCUUUGAGGACCCCUCUCUGGAGGUCAACCUGCUCCUGAGGGUGCUGCAUGCCAUCAGCAGAUACUGGUACUACCUGUAUGAGAAUGCUGUGUGCAAGGAGAUCAUCCCCACCAGCGAGUUCAUCAACAGCAAGCUGACGGCCAAGGCCAACAGACAGCUGCAGGACCCGCUGGUCAUCAUGACGGGCAACAUUCCCACCUGGCUCAUAGAGCUCGGCAAGACCUGCCCCUUCUUCUUCCCAUUUGACACUCGACAGAUGCUGUUCUACGUCACAGCGUUUGACCGAGACAGAGCCAUGCAGCGCCUCCUUGACACUAACCCUGAGAUCAACCAGUCAGACUCUCAGGACAGCAGAGUGGCACCCCGACUUGACAGGAAAAAGAGGACAAUAAACCGCGAGGAGCUGCUCAAGCAGGCAGAGUCUGUGAUGCAGGACCUCGGCAGCUCCCGGGCCAUGUUGGAGAUACAGUAUGAGAAUGAGGUGGGUACAGGUCUCGGCCCCACACUGGAGUUCUACGCUCUGGUGUCCCAGGAACUGCAGAGGGCUGACUUAGGCCUGUGGAGGGGAGAUGAGGUCACACUGGCGAACCCUAAAGGAAGCCAAGAGUCCACAAAGUACAUGUUCAGCUCCCGGGGGCUGUUUGCAGUACCUUUUGGCAGAACCACCAAACCAGCGCACAUCGCCAAAAUCAAGAUGAAGUUCCGUUUCUUGGGGAAGCUGAUGGCCAAAGCUAUUAUGGACUUCAGACUGCUCGACCUGCCCCUGGGCCUGCCCUACUACAAGUGGAUGCUCCGGCACGAGACGUCCAUCAGCUCCCACGACCUGGUCAACAUCGACCCGGCCGUGGCCAAGUCCAUCCAGCACCUGGAGGACAUCAUCCGCCAGAAGAAGAGGCUGGAGCAGGACCGCUCACAGACGAGGGAGACCCUGCAGCAGGGCCUGGAGAGCCUGAACAUGAACGGCUGCUCCGUGGAGGACCUCGGCCUGGACUUCACCCUGCCCGGCUACCCCAACAUCGAGCUCAAAAAGGGGGGCAAGGACAUCCCUGUCACCAUCUACAACCUGGAGGAGUACCUCAGGUUGGUGGUGUACUGGACCCUGAACGAGGGCGUGUCCAGGCAGUUUGAGUCCUUCCGGGAAGGCUUUGAGUCGGUCUUCCCCUUGCACCACCUGCAGUAUUUCUACCCAGAGGAGUUGGACCAGCUGCUGUGUGGCAGCAAGUCUGAGACGUGGGACGUGAAGACGCUGAUGGAGUGCUGCCGUCCCGACCACGGAUACACACAUGACAGCCGUGCGGUGCGUUUCCUGUUCGAGGUGCUGAGCAGCAAAGACGCCGAGCAGCAAAGACUCUUCCUGCAGUUUGUCACCGGAAGUCCCAGACUGCCUGUGGGAGGCUUCCGGAGUCUGAACCCGCCGCUGACCAUCGUGAGGAAGACCUUCGAGUCCACCGAGAACCCCGACGACUUCCUCCCUUCCGUCAUGACCUGCGUCAACUACCUGAAGCUGCCAGACUACUCCAGCAUUGAGAUAAUGCGAGAGAAACUGUUGAUUGCAGCCCGCGAGGGCCAGCAGUCAUUCCACCUUUCCUGAUCUCGUCCCCCCAUCUCACAUUCAAAAUGCCUUCUACAGCGACUGAUGAAAAUCAUGACUUCCUUCCUAAUUUUAUUUAGUUUUUGUUUUUGUAAUCUCAUACAUCGAGGCUAAGUGUACAGCCUUCUUGAUAAAGAAAGCAGCUUGCAGAAAGUUUAAGACUUCAAAUAUAUAUUUGCUGCCCCCCCCCCACCUUCCCGUCUCCUGAAAAAAAUGAAAGGAAGGGCAGUGAUGUCUCCCCGAACUAAAAAAAUAAAAAAUCUGAGGACAAAGUUAUAUCAGUAGUUAAGUAAUAUUCAAAAAAAGUGGAAGAAAUGGGUGACAUUUUAAAUUGCAUUGCUGUGUGAUAUUUAAAAAAAAAAGAAGGGAUGUUUCCUCCACCGAGCGGUGGACAACGUCACUGUGGAGAGGGGGCAGGGGCCGG